CCAAAAUCACUCCAACUGUUGCCAAAGAUUUGGGCUGAGUUUUUUUUCCCGAGAUGUUUAAAUCCAGAGAUAUUGAACUGCUCUUUGAGUCCCUGACUGUUCUUUAUUAAAGCCUGGUGUUUUCUAAGGAGUUUAAGCGCGUGCUGUCGUUUUCCUUGUUUCCUUGGAAAAGUGGUGUUACCUUGUUCUUUCUCUGUCUUGGAUUUUGUAGCGAAAAUGCUGAGUUUUUUCCGGCGAACCCUUGGACGGCGGUCUAUGCGCAAGCAUGCGGAGAAGGAACGGCUAAGAGAAGCCCAAAGAGCUGCAACCCAUAUCCCUGCAGCUGGGGACGCAAAGUCCGUCAUUACCUGUCGAGUGGCACUGCUGGACGGAACAGAUGUCAGCGUGGACUUGCCGAAAAAAGCCAAAGGCCAGCUGCUGUUUGAACAGAUCAUGUAUCAUCUGGACCUUAUAGAGAGCGACUACUUUGGAUUAAGGUUCAUGGAUUCCGCACAAGUGGCGCAUUGGUUGGACAACACAAAGAGCAUUAAAAAACAAGUUAAAAUUGGCCCACCUUAUUGUCUGCAUUUUCGUGUAAAGUUUUACUCAUCAGAGCCCAACAAUCUACGUGAAGAAUUAACAAGAUAUUUAUUUGUUUUGCAGCUAAAACUGGAUAUUCUUAGUGCAAAAUUGGAAUGUCCUUUUGACACAGCUGUCCAGCUGGCAGCUUACAACAUGCAAGCGCACAGAAGUUCUUGUUAAUAUCUUCUGUCUUUGUUGGGGACAUCGCUUGACAUCCUUGCUGAACAUGUCCCUGAACUGGUGUCUGAGUUCAGGUUUGUGCCCACUCAGACUGAAGAGAUGGAGCUAGCCAUUUUUGAGAAGUGGAAGGAAUGCAGGGGGCAAACGCCAGCACAAGCUGAAACUAACUACUUGAACAAAGCUAAAUGGUUGGAAAUGUAUGGUGUAGACAUGCACAUAGUCAAGGCAAGGGAUGGCAAUGAUUACAGCCUUGGACUAACCCCUACAGGAGUUCUUGUCUUUGAAGGAGACACCAAGAUUGGUUUAUUUUUCUGGCCAAAGAUAACAAGGCUUGACUUCAAGAAAAACAAACUCACUUUAGUUGUUGUUGAAGAUGAUGAACAGGGAAAGGAGCAGGAGCACACUUUUGUUUUUAGGCUGGAUCAUCCCAAAGCCUGCAAACACUUGUGGAAAUGUGCAGUGGAGCAUCACGCCUUCUUCCGGCUCCGAGGUCCCGUCCAGAAAAGCUCAAGUCGAUCUGGCUUCAUUCGGUUAGGAUCCCGGUUCCGAUACAGUGGGAAAACAGAAUAUCAAACUACCAAAACCAACAAAGCCAGAAGAUCCGCAUCCUUUGAAAGGAGGCCCAGCAAGAGAUAUUCAAGACGAACACUACAAAUGAAAGCCCAUGUUGCUAAACUUGAAGAAACAAGUAUUCCAAACAAUGCUGUUACUAACCAAAAUAAUGGAUCACAACCAAGUUGGAACGCAAAGCCGAAUUUACCUGUCCUAACAGCAGUUCCUUCUGCCCCAGUCUUAGUGGAAAUAGAAAACCUCCCAAGGAGCCCUGGGACCAGCCAGCAAGACAAGAAGUGUGUACCUCUUGUUGAUUUACUGGACAGCGAGGAGUUGCCAGAAACUUGCGUUGAUGAUGCCAUAGGCCAUCCAGGUGUUGGCUUGACCACAGGAGUUUCGGAAGAGGCUGCUGGUUGCCCUCAUCCUGGCACAAAGGAAACUGCCGUUGAAAGAGCAGACCCCGAUUCAUUUGAAGAUACGCUCCUACAUCUGAAACAGCUGGAGACAGAGCACAGCAGCCCCAUGCCAACUGCCUGUCCCAACAUAAACAUAAAUGUACAGGAUGAAGUGGUAAAGCUGACAGAUAAGUGUCUUAACAAUGCAAUUGAGAGCCCAAUACCAGCAACAGCGUGGCUUCCAUCAGACAUCAAAAGCAAUAUCCUGAAGGCCCAGGCAGAGACAGGACACAAGGUCACAAGAGAAGACAGCCUAACGGGUAUCAAGAAUUCCAAUAUGCAGGAUGCCGCUGUCAGGAGCAUUCCAGCAGGCAAAACCCAGAGCAGUCCCCCAGCGACCAACCCAGGAUUUCAAGAACCAAGAGAGCUGCUGAAAGCAAUCUCUGCCUCAAGUGCUAUCAUUCUUAAUGCGUUAAAUGAGGACAACGCUGCCUCUAACCACGAAGAGUUGCUGAUUCCAGCUGAUCUGGCUCCAGCUGAAGAGGCUGCUGUUUUAAAGACCACUCCAGGUGACCAGGACGUUUCCUUAACAUCACUGACAGAGAAUCUAAUUGACUUUACAGAAGCCACCCCACGGGUGUCUUCCCAGCCCAUGAUAACCCCAAGGUGGAUAGUGCCAACAGGAUUGAUUUCCAAUGGGCCUUUGGGAAUUGAUGUUGCCUUAGCUCUGAAGGCAGUGAAAGGCAGCACGGAGGCUCUGUCGUUGCCAGCUGGAUUGCCGCCAUCCCAGCAGACACCUGAAGGCCUUGCAAGCCCAGUAACUGAGGAUGCUACAGUAAGGACGAAAUGUUUACUCACCACUGAACUCUAGAGGAAGGACCUUCUGCACUUCCCACCUUGUGAAAACUCAAACCUAACAUCUCCGAGGGAAGGACUUGUUUGGGAUCAAGCUCUUGCUGAAUUGGGAGUCAAACAACCAGCUGUUUUGCUAGGAUUCAGGAAGAGACUUUCACGUUUUAUUGCAAUCCAACUGGAAUUACAGGAUGACCCAGGAUAUAAAACCACAUGAAAGUCUGAUCUUCUCCCUCAGGAGAGGUGAAAUACCACACCAGAGCUAGUUCUGACCAUAAGGAACAAAAUCUAGUUGUGUUCCGUUCAAACUAGGUUUAGUCUUACUUUUACCUGUGCUGCUUCAUAGGCGUUAAUGGAAAGAGUUCACUGUGUAUUAGCUAAGUAGUGUUUGAACACUGCAUCCCAGGGCUUGAUAGAUUAAUAAGAGGAAGAUUAGGAGACCUUUUAGGGCCACCUUGUGGCCGUACUGCAUGUGGUGACUCACAGUAGUGAUGACUGUUUUGUAUAGCCAAGAUCAUUUUCGUCUGUGAGAUUAUUUCCUCUAUUUUUCCUUUGUUUUACCGGCACAUACAUACCUUCUUAGCCUUAAAACCCUUUAUAAUCUUUGCGCCUCUUGUUACAGUACCUGGAAAGAAUGAGAAUCUAGUCUGUGAGAAAUCAGCCGCUUUUGCUGGAUGUGAGCUGCACUUUGCAACCAGGAAAAGGAAAACUAACCUGCCAAACAGCUUAUAGCAUUAGUAGAGUACAGCAGAGGUCCCACAUUUUGACCCUGCUGAUUUCAUUUCCUGUAUGACUCACAUACGUACAUUUUAGUCUACAGAUGUGUAUUUAGUUUUGAAUGCUGAAGCAGUGAAGGUAUGAGUACAGCUUACUUCAGGAAUUGCUUGCUGGUUAAUUUUGUUAUUUAGGGCUAGGGAGGAAAGGACUUUUCUUGUUUCUUUUCAUAUUGUUUCUAGGUGUUGUUUCCAGAUGCUGUGCUUUGGGAAUACCUGUCAGGUGUGUUAGCGGCAUGAGGCUACAACUAGACAGUUCUUAACACCACCUCAGAACCUGGCUCCACGUCUCUUCUGAUAGGUGUUUGUGGAACAAAGAGUAGAAGGAAUAAGAUGAAAACAGGAGAAUAAGAUGAAAACAGGAGAAUAACAUGAAAAGCUUCCAAAAGCAAUUCGCUCCCUUCAAUGGUAGGAAGAUAGGUGCACUUGCAAGAGCAUGCUCCACAGUGCUAGUGAAGGCCUUUUGGUGCUGAGGUGAGGUAUAGGAUAUGAUAUGUAUGGUAUGGAGAGCUCACUCGAGUCCUGGGCAACAGGAUCCUCCUCAUAUGGAAACGUAGAGGUGAUCCCAUAGACCCUGGGAAUACAUCCUGUGAAAAAUACCAAUGCAGAGUCAAAAGAAGGAGAAAUGUAGAAGCCCAGCAAUGAAUUCCACAUCUCCUAAAGGGAAGUGCAGAUUGAACAACUGCAGUUGUCCCGCCUUGGGAAGAGGCUUGUACAUAUGGCUGGGGUUGGAGGAUGUUUUCUGCAUAGUGCUGCUGUUUAUAAAUAUUUAUAUACAUGUGUUUCUUAGAAACAAUUCUAAAUGUGAAAGUUAGUUCUCAAACCUGUAUGCACAGCUUCACUCCCGCACACCUGCUGUGUUUAUGUUUCUCAGCAUAGACAAAGAGUUGGACCAAACCACUGUGGGUUGUGCGACUCCGCUGGUGUCCCGCUAGGCUGCUGCCUUCAGACUAGGGUGUGUCUUGGAUGUUUGUACUACUGCUUUUGUGCUCUUGUUUGCAAGACGUUGAAUGAGAGCGUUAAGGACAAAACCACUCGACAUUUACAUGGCCCACUGCCACUCCUCAAAACCCCAGAGGCCUUAAUAGAGAAACAUAGAAACCGUUGGGAGCUCUGAGGACUGACGUACCAGAGUGACUCUCUGCAGACAGUAUUUGCAGCCGUUGCCUCAAGAGCCAGGAGUCGAGAGUGAUGACAGGCACUUCAGGUUCCCCCUCCUUACCCGAUGCGUAACAGGGACGCGCUCCCUGCUCACAGCACUGCCGGCCACGGGGAGCUGCUGUCCUGGACCGAGGGGAGUGUCUGCUCGCCAGCCCUUCUGCUCUGUCAUUGUUACUUCCAGUUGAGUAUUGGCUUUUUUUAUACUUUUAAGUCUGAGCCUUGUUGCAUAUUAAAAUGUGGAAGGUUCCUGAUUCAGAUACCAAAUGCCUUGGUCUGGGUUAAUUCAGUUGCCAGCAAAGUUCCUGCAGGAAAAGGGAAGCUAUGGCUGUGGCAGUAUGCUUCCUGCACAAAGCCAGGACUGUGUGGGGAAUCUUGGCAUUUGCUAUUGAUCUGUUUGCUCAGCAGCUGAGCUGGCAUUCGCCAGCUACAUGUGUGGGUUUUGUAAAUAGACAGAAUGCAGUAGCGUUUUCUUUAAGGCAUGUUUGAUAUUUGACUCUUCCCAUUGGGUUCAGGAGCUCUGUGAACUGUUAGCGUGGAUGUCUCCCAAAAGUAAAACAACACAAGUUUGCAGUUUACAACACUGUGUGCUAAGUACUUAGAUUCCUCCACAGGAAUCACAUCCAGUAAAUAACAUGUGGUGAGGCAAGUGUCCCCCUAAAAUCUAAAUGGUUCCACGUAGCAAACUGUUAUAAUUGUAGUGUGACUUGGGUGGGGGGGACUGUUGUAUACAUGCAAACACAUAUAAAGGAAAAUUCCAAUUGCUUUCAAAAUGUUGCAUUUUUACUCAAGAGGACUAAUAGACUAAUGCUUGGAGCCUUCUUUAAAAAUUCAAACUUUUCAAGAGUCCAAUUGGGGACCUACAAAAUUUCUAGUAACAGAGAGUUGCAAGUCCAACUCUUUCCAGUGAUGUCCUGUUACUUGGAGCAAAUAUUCACUCCAUUUAACUCAACCUAGCUUAUUUAGCAUUCUAAAUCACUGCUUAUAUAGGGAGACCAGAGAGACUAAGACAGUUGUGUGAUCUGAACAGACACACAGUUAGAUGUCUGAGCAUCCUAUGGUUUUACAUCACUAUUUUACUUAAAACACUAUAGUUAUGCUGCUGUUUUAUGACUGACUAACAAGUAAUGUAGCAUUACUUCUCUCACCUUUACUUUAUCAAACAAAUAGGCAAACUGGUUCCUGCAUUUAAUACUGUAAAGUAUCAGUAAAUGCCUUUGUGCCACUGGGAAAAAAGGGAUUUUCUUAACAUUGUGAUACUAUCGAUUGAUUCAUCCUCUAAAAGGUUAUGUUUUGGUAUUUAUUUAUUUUAAGGGAUUCAUAUAUAAAACUCUUCCCUAUUGUGUGAACCUGAAGUUGGGACAUGGCAAGCCUGCCAACCACUUAGAAGCUUUGAAUGUUGAGAGAAAAGAGUAAAGGCAGCUACAUGUUGUGUUCCAGGCAUUUGGAAAAAGCCUGUUUCCCCCAUAAAAGGGUUGUUUUUUUCCUUACGAAGUUACCAUCUACUGACUUAACUGAUGCGUGCUCCAGUUUAUACUUACUAACUUGCCUUAUACCCUUUUGCUGUGUGUGCCUGUAAUGCUGAUCAGAUGGGCAUUAUUCCAUUAUUAAUUCCAUUAUUAAUUAAAUGAAGAAAAGUAAUUGGAUACUUUGAAAGGUUGUAUAGAAAUCUUAAAUUUAUUUUACAAACCCACAACUUAAAAAAUAAUUAACCUUAUGAACAUGAACUCCGUUUUGGUCUCACUCAUUUGGCUUGACAGUAAGAGACUGGAGAGUCUAAAUACACCGAGUAAAUGGUGAAUACCUGCAUCUUAUAACUAUAUGCUUUUGAUAUCAGAAUUAAAACGCAGGACCUCUUACCCCUUGAAUUAAGGGAAGCUCUUCUUUAGUUCAGCAGUAAUGGGCUUUAAAACUAGGUAAGUCAAGUGAUACAAAACACUUAAAUGAUAAUGAGUCCCAGUUAAUGCGUUAGCUGGGAUGCAUCUAAUUUUAAGCUUACGUUCCAUGCGUAUUUUGUCAGAGCCAGACAGCUGUGUGAAAGGUAUGUUUUGAACAGUUUUCUGGACACAGAACUUUGGCAAGGAGAAAAUUUGCUGCAGCAGAAGAAGAGCUCAGGUGAGCAGUCCAGUUACACUGGGCUCUCUUUCCACAAACUCUUUUCAGCCCUGUGUCUGCGCCUAGCUCAUUCCUGUUUCUUGCACGCAAAGCUGUACUAUUAAGAUCACCCUUUCCUUCACAAACGGUAUGGGAUACAUUUUUCACCUUGUGAACAUGUUCUCACACAGCCCAGACUGUCUACAGAUUGAGCGUUAACAGCUCAGUCUCAUGACCAGUUAGCAUUUAAAGCUUAACUCUCUGGGCACACAGAGGUGUUCAGUAGUCUAGAACAUUGUAGUAAAAUGAUAUAGCUGUUAAGAUGGUUGUAUCACAGCUUUCAAAUGCAGCUGGAAAAUCAUAACUUUUAUACCCCCCACUCCCCCCAAGAAAAAGAAAAAAAUCCAUGCUAAUGGCCUUUCAGUGACGCAGGUAUAAUCCCUGUGUGCUUGGUCUGAACGUUAGCACUAUAGAAAUAACUACAGCGCCUUUCGCACCACACUCAAAAUGGAAGUAGAAUUAGUGAGAUUUCAUUAAUUACGCAAUCUUGCCACAGUAUUAAGGAGAGAAAUUCAAGCCAUUGGAGUAGCCUGUUUGAGAGUCAGGAUCCUUCAUUCAUCAUCACGUUUGGCUCUGUGCAUCUACAGGAAAUGAGCAGUGAGUAUUGCUCCGCGUGUAGUAAAGGCAGACCCUGCACAGGAGGGAGCAGAGUUCACCUCCAUUAUACUGUUUGGCUCGAGCACUUUGCUUCGCACACACCCACACACCCCUCUACCUGUAACUGGACAAACUUAUUUUUGAAGUAUGUAAGAAUAUUUUUUUAGAUAGAUAUUUUUUGUUAAAGCCACACUAACUACUGUAUUUUUACCUUUUAUAUGUAAAGCUUGGCAAUAGCUCUCAAUGUAUAAUUUAUUUGAUUUUUAUAAAGUGCACCCUCUUGCUUCUGUCUUUCACAACGGUAGCGGUGUAUGAACUGUUUUAGGCGCUGCACUGAGAUCUGUAUUGAAACUGUACAUGGGAACAAGAAACUGUGAUUUGUAGUCCACUCAACCCAAUCUUGAAAUGUUUAUACUGUAGUUUUGUCUUAAAUAUACCACGUCAGUGCAAAAGU